AUGGCGUCGCCCGCUCCCGCUCCCGCGACCGCGAAGCCCAUCGCUCUCCGGCGGCCGCCGGUCCCAGUCCGCGGCGGGUUCUGCCCGGUGCGUCCGUCCAUGGCUGCAGCGGCAGGCCGGCUCAGAGUCUCGGCCUCCGCUUCCGCCUCGGACGUGCCCGACUUCCUCUCCUCCGACUGGCUUGAAACACGCAAGAAGAAGCCUUUGGGCCCCAGGUUGAAUUUUAAUGCAGAAGAAGCAGUGGAGUACCAGCUUGAGGCCUUGAAAUACAAUGACAAACCCCGCCCGGAUUAUGGGGUUGAGGUCAUGUACCGGUUUGCAGGCUUUAAUCCAUUUGAAAGGUCAACUUAUUUUGGACGACAGUUUGAUCUUGGGCAGUUCGAACGUUUCCGGCGGAUAUUUCACCAUUCAACUUACAGGGUGCUGCUUGGCCACAAAGAAAGAGAGAUAUUAAGCAGAUUAUGGGUUGAAGAGAAUCAAUUUAAGCAGAGAGUUUGGAUCCGAGGAGCUCGCCCGGAGGAAGAAGAGAUAUUCCAGUUUACAAUGGUUCAGAGAGUUGGCGGCUCGUGGGACGGCUACUGGCUAACCGAGAGCUUGACAAACGACGACGGGGACGCAUUCUCAGGCGGGGUUGCUUAUUGA